CGCGCUUGUCUUUGUCACUAGACCAAAAUAGUGGAAAACCAGCCCUACGACGAGAGCCUGGAGAUCAACGACUCCGAAGAGGUGGCCAGUGUCUACACCCCAACUCCACGGCAGCGAGGUAGGGGCCGCCUCCGCUCCCGCCCUAAAUGCCGACGGGCAGCUUGAGCCUCGCUGCUACAGCGUCUUAGCCUCCCCCAGGGGGUGAAAACUCAGUUCCUCAAAACUGGAGGGGAGCAGGCUCGUUGGGAUUCGCUGGACGCACGGUGCUGUGGGGGUAACGCAGAACGCGCGUUUUAAAUACCAAAGGUGUUCCCUGGGGGUGAAAAAGAAGCUUGAGAGACUAGAUGCGCAGGUCCUAGGUCCACAUGCUCACAGCUCAAAAACAUGGCUGAUAACAGCAGUGAUGAGUAUGAUGAAGAAAUAAACAAGGAAAAGAAGGUAGCUCAACUGGCCCCACAGCAAGGAUUUAGUGAGAACGAGGAUGGAGAGGAUGAGGAUGAUUCGUCUGAAACUGACUCGGACGAUGAUGAUGAUGAUGAAGAGGAGCAUGGAGCCCCUUUGGAGGGUGCCUACAACCCUGCAGAUUAUGAGUAUCUACCAGUGUCUGCAGAGAUUAAAGAGCUCUUCCAGUAUAUAAGGAGGUACACUCCACAAAUGAUAGAGCUUGAACACAAACUGCAGCCUUUCAUUCCAGAUUUUAUUCCAGCUGUUGGAGACAUUGAUGCCUUCUUAAAGGUUCCACGGCCUGAUGGCAAGCCAGAUAACCUUGGCCUGUUGGUACUGGAUGAGCCAUCCACAAAACAGUCAGAUCCCACGGUGCUCUCUCUCUGGUUAACGGAAAACUCCAAACAGCACAACGUUGCACAGCAAAUAAAAGUGAAGAGCUUGGAGAAUGCAGAGAAGAAUCCCAAAGCUAUUGAUAACUGGAUUGAGAGUAUCAGUGAGUUACAUCGCUUCAAACCUCCUGCUACUGUGCACUACACCAGGCCAGUGCCCGAUAUUGAGACUCUGAUGCAGGAAUGGUCUCCAGAAUUUGAGGAGCUCUUGGGAAAGGUGAGCCUUCCAACUGCAGACAUCAGCUGUGGCCUGGCUGAGUACAUUGACAUGAUAUGUGCUAUUCUGGACAUUCCUGUCUAUAAGAGUCGGGUCCAGUCCCUGCAUGUCCUCUUCUCGCUGUAUUCAGAGUUCAAAAACUCACAGCACUUCAAAGCCCUGGCUGAAGGGAGAAAGGUAGGGAGUCCUCUAUCCAAUCCACCCUCACAGGCAGGAGAGGCAGAAGUGUUACGCUUCAGUUGAGAAAAAGACCUUUUCUUCAAGAACUAGGGCCUGCACUUAGGAGUAGAGCCUUGGCCUAAGACAACCAGCAGAGCAAAGCAUUACUGAAACCAUCUUUUCUCUCUGCACUGGCAGAUGGAUGAAUUAGUCAAGGUUAGAAUUUAACUUGUGGCUUUUAACCGGAAAUGCG